ACUGCACUCAUCUGCAUGCUGCUUUGCAUCUCAUUUGCAUACCGAGCCGUUCGGUCGACGUCGACACGCCCCCGCCCCCACGCAGACCGGGCUUGGGUCCCCUCGCCUUCAGUCCCUUCCUGUGCAAACACGCCUCUAUCCUCUUACACCUCUUUUGUCAGUACCCUUUCCAGACCUGGUCCUGCUCCGCAAGGUUUUUCCCUCAUGAGCCCCCCUCUGGCGCCCCCAGGCCAGUAACAGCCCCUUCCCCGGGUCCACGGUCCUGACCACCCAGUUCUCCAGAAGACAAUACUCCAAUUCUCUGGGACGUGGAAGAAACCAAACCGAAGCUAGGGGGGCACUGGGACCCCGGUUGGGGCUCUCUGAGCUUCGAGUUGUCGAGUCAUUUCUGAAAUAUUCAAAGACCUUUCCCAAACUCUUGCGAUGCUCCCCUAAGACCCUUCCUCGCUGUGAUUUUGGGUCUCUGGUCCCGGCCUAGAGAGGUGGGCAACUUGGGUCCUCCCCACACACACACAGGAGAAGGAGUCUGAGGGGCCCGCCCCGUGAUGUCACCCCCCCAUCCCCUUCCUCCACCCCCAAGCUGAUUGCAUUUAGCUCUCAGGGCUUGGGCUCCGACUUGGGAGAGUUUAGGGGGCAACGAAGAGAGUGGCCCUGGGGAUGCCCACGUCCAGCAGCCGCCCUGACGCCUAGGACCUCCGGGCAAGCAUGCAGCUGGGGGUCUAGGGAAGCACUUCCACCCCCUUCUCUCCUCAGCCCUGGCAGGGUGGUUUCCUAACCUCCUCGAGACAUUCCAUGGGUGGAUGAGAGAAACUGAUACCUCCCCCUGUGACCACUCCUCUUCAGCCAUGGAGGAAGACUUGCUGCCCCUGGUUGUGACCUCUGACCCCAGGCCCUUUAACCAACAACUCCCAGAGCCUCCAGACCCAAGAUGUGUCUUAGAACCCCAGGACAGUCCUGAACUGGCACCCAUCCUAGUGUGUGCACUUUGCUGCUGCUUUGGAAUCAUCUACUGCUGCUUCGGCUACCGCUGCUUCAAGGCAGUGAUGUUUCUCUCAGGCCUGCUGUCGGGAGCUCUGGUGAUCUUCCUGUUGUGCCACAAGGAGCGGGUGCUGGAGACACAGCUGAGCUUGGAGGUGAGCGCAGGCAUCGCACUGGGCAUUGGACUCCUCUGUGGCCUGGUCACCAUGCUGGUUCGCAGUGUUGGGCUCUUCCUGACUGGUCUCCUACUAGGCCUGACCCUGGGCGCCGGAACCCUGUUGGGCACCGAGCCCAUCUACCAACCGCCUUCAGCCUGGGUCCCAGCCGGGGGCCUGGUGGGAUUGGCACUGCUGGGAGCCCUGCUGACGCUUCGGUGGCCGCGCCCAUUCACAGUUCUCGGCACAGCCCUGCUGGGUGCUGCAGUGCUGGUGGCCUGUGCUGAUUUCUUCCUGGAGGGGCUGGCUCUGGGCAGUCGGCUGGGCCAACGGCUGCAGGCACUUCCAGCCCUUCCUCCUCUCUGCUGGUAUAGCUGGGUCUUACUCGGGGCCUGGCCAGCCCUGGGGGCUCUUGGGGCCCUGGCCCAGUGGAAGCUCAUGGCUGAGGAACAUGGCGGCCACGCCAAUGCAGUAGUCUUGAGCCGCCAGCAAAGGCAUCUCCAACUCCUUCGGAUCCGUCAGCAAGAGGCCAAGUGGCACCGGACACCCCCUGGAGUGGGGCUCUGUGAGGGCAGUUACCACCGCCAACUGCCUCCCAACGCCCGGAGCCCUGCUGACAGCCUGGCUCCAGUGAGUGGGGCAGACACCAUGGGGGGAGGGGACAGAGGGCACAUGAAGAUGGCCAAGGUGGAGGAGGACUCUGACUCAGGCCCCUCCUUCCACCCUCUCUGCCCUGUGCCCCUCCAGAGUUAUCUCCAGAGCCUUCGAGAGCGUCAGCUGGGGCCAGGCACCCAGGCCACUGCCCCUCAUACCAUCCUGGACCUGGAUUCUGACUGUGGUUCCACUAUUCCCCUAACUACACCUUCUGGUUCCACCCAGACUUGAGCCUAAGCCUGCUAUGAUGUCACCUCCCCUAGUAAGGGGGCUGGGAAGACUAGAUGGGCGGGACCUAAGCCCACAGGACCCACACACAAACUUUCCCACCUCUUGGGCUUGGGCUUUAGCCCAGCCCAGCUCUAUAGGGAUAUGUUUCAGGGACAGAGAGGAAUCCUGAGGGGAGGGGAGAGAAAUGGAAGUAUGAGUAUCUACCUCUGUCCAAUAAUACAGGUGUCUGGACCCCAAAGAAACUGACUCUCUAAUUCCCUCCAAACCAGAGAGGGCGCUUUCCCAAAUAGCCUCUCUAGUAUACUGCCCACUUCAGUGUGCCUCACAAUGGUAAAAUAAGGUUUGUUUUUGUAGGACCUGUAGAAAAUCAGGGACCCUCAUAAGGCACUUGAUAGCUUUUUGAUGGAAAGAAGGGCAUAGAGGAGCCCAAGGACCACGGGCCCUUCAUUAGAGGGUGGUUAGGUUCCUGGUUAGCCUCUCACCCGGAACCCACAGGCUCAAGCCUCCCUCUCCUACCUCAGUUGGGGGCACUGUCCUCCGCAGUGCUCCCAAUGUUCUUUUUAACCUGGUUAAGACCACAAGACAGUGCCUGGCUCCACGCCUGCCUCCUACAAAAGCUGGCUUCUUGCUCCAAGGACAGAGCAUUGGCCCACGUGCCAGAGCUUGCCCUUUUGCCCAGAGGAGCCUGGUCUUUGGGGUUGGAUGGGAGACAAGUGCCUUCUCUGCCUCUCACUGUGGGUGAGUCUAAUUUCCUCCUUAACCUUAAAAGCUCUGGUUAAGUUCAAACCACUAACCCCCACUAACUCUUCCCUCCCUCCAACUCUCCAGUCCAACGUCUGUUCCCUUAUUCCCCAGAGAGCAUGAAAAAAAAUAUAUCCCACCCCUGGGCAGCAAGACCAUGAUGGGAGGGAGGAAGAAUAUGGGCGCAUGUGAAUAAAAAGGCAUUGAAUACCGAA